AACCUUAAAUUACCUGCCGCGACGCAAUCGCGAUUCAAACUCCGGAAUCUGCAAUCCCCCAUCCUUAGGCGGCGGUGUGAAGGAAAAGAGAGGAGAGGAGGAUGUUGGAAAACCCUACACCCACCCCACCUGAUGCCGCCCCUGCAAUAAAACGCUACGCUCCUCCUAAUCAACGAAAUCGUUCUGUCGAGCGCCGUAAAUCUGGAGAUUGGUUUGAUUCGACUAACAAUGUUUAUGGGAAUGAUUCAGAGAAGAUUCAAGGUGUCGUGAGAAACAAUAAUCUGGUUGGGGAUUCUGGGAGCAGCGCUAUCUUGAAUGAAGACCACCGUCGUCCUGGUUUAAUACCUUUAGAAGGCUGUUCUAGAAGUGAUGCUUCUCGGCUUUUAAGCAAUCGUUGGGCAGCUGCGUUAGAUCGCUAUCAUGAUACAUCUAUUGAUUUGUCUGAAAGACCUGUUGUGUACUCUGGAAGUAGUGAUUCAGCCUGGAGGAAUUUCAGACUUCCCCAUCAGAUGAUGUCCCCAACAAACACUAUUAGACCUUCAUCAAACUCACAGAUGGAUUUCUUACCUGAUCUUCAUCGUGUAAUUCAAAAUGCCAAUGCUGACAACUAACUUCAGACAAAGUGCGGCAAAUGCGGAUGUGAACCUAUGAGGUACUUUAGGAACUUUGCACUCGAAGGUACCUGUGGCAUGUGUUCAUUAUUUACUCAAAUCAAAUGUUACUGAUUUGGGCCAUGAUGUUAUUUAAUGUAAAGCAUGGCGCCUUGGACAUGUAAUUUAGAUGAAAAUGUUACGAGCUAUGUAAUGUUAUAUUACUUAGCAAUUCUCUCUCCUUUUACGAGACUAAUCGGAUAGAGGUAUGUUGUUGUUGGACUUGUACGGUUUUUGGUGGAUUCACAUCUCUCUCAUCAAAUGUGAGCUUUUGUUCUUGUAAAACAGGUUUCAUCUCGAUGUGUGUUUUUAG